CCAAGCCUGACCUGCAAUAGAGAACAACAAAAACCUCCAUAACAAGUCGGGGCAAAAUGGGAAAUAAACUGAUCACCAAGGUGUUUAAUGAUCCCAUCCAUGGUAGCAUAGAGUUACACCCACUCCUCAUCAAGAUCAUUGACACACCUCAGUUCCAGAGACUUCGAUUCAUAAAGCAGCUUGGAGGUGUCUACUUUGUUUACCCUGGAGCGUCUCACAACCGCUUUGAACACUCAAUCGGGGUGGGAUACUUAGCAGGAAAACUUGCUGAGGCUCUCAGAUCAAGGCAGCCGGAUCUCAGCAUCACUGACAGAGACGUCCUUUGUGUUCAGAUUGCUGGCCUCUGUCAUGACCUGGGUCAUGGACCCUUUUCCCAUCUGUAUGAUGGACUGUUCCUCCCCAAAGCACUGGAAAAAAAGAGGAAAUUAAAGAAAUGGAAGGUAAGAAGUUUUUAUUUCUGUUACGUGUCAAUAAAACUGGUCCUGAUUCGCUUUGUGUCGUCAUCCCUGCAGUUGCAGUUCAAAGGGCGCUCAAAAGAAUGGUCCUUCCUCUAUGAAAUUGUGUCCAACAAAAAAAACGGCGUUGGUGUGGACAAGUUUGACUACUUGGCCAGGGACUCUUCCUACCUGGGGAUCAAGAACAACUUUGACUUUCGUCGCUUCCUGCAGUUUGCCAGGGUGUGUGAGGUUGAAGACAAAGACUGCAAAGAAGGAAAAAGGAAAACUAUCUGCACCAGAGACAAGAAGGAAGACCAUAUGUACCACUUGUUCUAUACAAGACACUGUCUCCACAAAAGAGCCUGUCAGCAUAGAGUAAGCCAAAUCAUACAAGAAAUGAUUGCAGAGGCUUUUUUGAAAGCAGACGAUCACAUUCAGAUUGAAGGAUCAGGAGGGAGGAUGUUCACUCUCUCUACAGCCUUUAAGAACAUGGAGGCCUACACAAAGCUCACAGACAACGUGUUUGAGGAAAUACUGAAGUCUUCCUGCUCAGAGCUAGAAAAGGCAAGAGAGAUUCUGCAAAACAUCAUCUCUCGAAAGAGCUACAAGUUUGUUGGUGAGACAAAGCCAAAGGACCCCAUCCAGGAUUGGGAAAGCCUGAUUCCUAGCUGGAAAAAGGACUGGCUGAGGGAGAAAGAAACCUGACACCAAAGGACUUUG